AGAUGGUGGAACCAGUCGAGCAGUGCUGGUAGAUCAGAGGUUGCAGGGUGCAGUGCGAGGAAUGAUGAGGGCUUUGAGGUAAGAGGGAGUUGGUCCAUUUUUGGCUUUGUGGGCCAGCAUAAUCUUUCUCUUCACCUCAUUUCCAGACUCCCCAUCGGACUGUACAGUGACCCCAAAUACUUAAAGUCCUGCACCUUCUUGACCUCAGUCCCCUGUAACCUCACUGUUCUACUUCCCUCCCUCUCAUUCAUAUACAUGUAUUCUGCCUUACUAUGACUGACUUUCAUUCCUCUUCUUUCCAGAACAGACCUCCACCUCCCAGGUGUUCCUCCACCUGCUCUCUACUCUCACUACAGAUCACAAUGUCAUUCGCAAACAUCACUGUCCAUGGAGAUUCCUGUCUAACUUCAUCUGUCAACCGGUCCAUUACAAUAGCAAACAAGAAGGGACUCAAAGCAGAUCCUUGAACUACUUUGUCUGACUAACAGUACAUCUCACUGAUGUCAUACUGCUAUUUUAGAUAUCCUGAACUACUCUGACGUACUUCUUUACCACUCCUGACAUCCUCAUACAUUGCCAUAGCUCCUCUUUCUGCACCCUGUCAUAAGCUUUCUCUAAAUCCACAAAGACGCAGUGCAGCUCCUUCUGACCAUCUCUGUACUUCUCCAUUAACAUUCUCAGAGCAAAAAUUGCAUCAGUAGUUCUCUUUCUGGGCAUGAAGCCAUACUGAUGCUCACAAAUAUCCACCUCCUUUCUUAGCCUAGCUUCUAGUACUGUUUCCCAUAGCUUCAUUGUGUGGCUCAUCAACUAUUCUCACCGACGAUUCUGGCACAGAAGUCACUGACCUCAAUCUGAGAGAUCUAUGAGAUACAAUAUAAGACAAAACAAGGAAAUGUGAAUGAGAAGUAUGCAGAACUAUUUAGAAGAGAGAAUUGAUUCUCAUUACUCCUCACUAUUAUAAGCAACUGUGCACAAAAUACAUUUUGCUAGAGCUCCCCACCUUACUGAGUGAAAAGGUGAAGUUCUUUUUCAAUUCUCUUGUCAGAUGCUGUUCAACGAGCAUGUGCUAAAUAAGGGCUAAUACGUUUUCUGUUAAAGUUGGUGUAUUUCAGUAUUUGCUUGAUUUGCUUGUACAUUUUGCACAUGCCACCAAAACAAUAUCUUGUUGCUUUACAGAUAUUCAGAAAUUCAUAUUUCUCAUCAGCAUAUGUAUGUGCAGUUUUGAAUUCCCAAACAUUAUGUUCUUGAUAAAUACAUGAUUUUUCAUGCUUUAAAACUUUUUCUGCCCAGUAACUGGAAAUGAACCUGUUUGAGUUAGUCAAUCCUUGUCACAUCACUGGAAUGACUCACAUAGUGUGGACCUUGAUAAGGAUGAUCAGAAUAAACGUGAUAAUAUUUGCUUUUAACUUUUAACUUUUACUUUACUCUAUUUAUCUACAUAUGUAGCUGGUAUUACUUUGUAAGAUUUCUAUGUUCUUAUUUAUUAUUGUGUAUGUUAUUACUGUUAGAACUUGUCUUUUCACGCAAUCUUUUUCCAUAAAGUUAUAGGGCAGAAUGAAAACGAAUCCAUACACAAUGCAUGACUCUCAGUUAAAUUUUGUCACUGCUUUGUCUAUGGAAAGGUCUCUGGUUUUGUAUCAUCGGGUUAUCUAUGACUCUUCAGUCAGUCCAUGAUGUGGAAAGCUGCAGUAUUGGCUGUGUGUCUGUUAUUGACUGGAGUGAGGGCAUAUGACGGACCCUCGUAUGGAGUGAAACUGUGUGGUCGUGAAUUUAUCCGUGCAGUCAUCUUCACCUGUGGAGGUUCACGCUGGAGACGCUCCAUCACGAGCACAGAUGACCUGAGUGUAGACUUGUUUGGCUCAGAUAUCAGAGAUGCUGCACAAGGCUUGGUACUGCCCGCUCCACAAAAAUUCUCCCUCCAGGGUGACAAUGAGCCUGUCCCUUUUGAAACAGUCAGAGGACAGCAGGAGGUCUCUGCGUUUAGUCGACCAGCCCGAUCUAUCAUCUCCGAUGAAGUCCUGGAAGCCCUGCGCACCUCCAGUAGGAUGGGCCGAGAUGUGGUUGUAGGACUUUCUAAUGCCUGCUGCAAAUGGGGUUGCAGCAAGAGUGAGAUCAGCUCCCUUUGCUGAGACCUGUCAUUAAUAGCUCCUGUGUUUUUGUGUGUGUGUGUGUGUGUGUGUGUGUGUGUGUGUGUGUGUGUGUGUGAC